AUGAGUGUUCCCAUGUCUCAGUUGCGAUUCCAAAUCUUAGGCAAGGAUCUAACCCUGCCGUUUAACCCCUGGGGUAUUUAUACUGCUGCUGUCUGGACAGAGGCACCUGCGCACCUGUCGGCGAGCUCGCGUGCCACUCCGCGCUGCCAUUGGUUGCAACCGGAAUUGAAGAUGACAGUAGGAGUGCUAGCUCCGUCAGGCGGCGGUGACUUCACCGCCCACCCCGACAUGAUUGUACAAAUUCAAGUGCCUUGCCAUCGCAAACUUGAUGCACGACGGAAAUAG